AUGUCGUCCAGUGGCGGUAAUUCCGAGUCUUGGCAACUAGGAAAUGACAUUGGUGAGCAUGAAGCCAAUGGAAAGAAACGCAGGAAGACCAUUAAACAAUGUCUGUUUUGCAGAAAGAGAAAGCUGAAAUGCGACAAGAAAAAGCCUAUGUGCAGCACCUGCGCUUCAAGAGGGCUCAAAGAGUGUGUGUACGUGGAGCAUUUUGGCCCUGAGUUGACGACUCAGGAGCUUUUGAAAAAUACUCCGAAUUUGGAGCUUAUAAAUCGAGUCAAGGAGCUUGAAGAAGAGCUGAAAUUAUACAGAGCGGAAUUCCAAUUGACACAAGGUUUUGGUCCUAAUCCUUUGCCUCACCGUGAAAUUAUCAUAUGCAAGUCUAGCCGCAAAUUAUACUACGGUUGCACUUCCAUAAAGGUCCUGAUGGCAGACAGUAAACUCAAGUUCGACACCUACUAUGAAAUAGUGUGGAGUAAAAUCAAAGAAGAAAGAAGACGUUGGAAAUCUUUGAAUGGAUACUCGACGCUGAGAGAAGUCACAACAAUUGAAGAUAACCCGCAAAGCAGGUCAUCAGUCGUGGAAGCAAUGUGCACAGCUUUGCCCUUCUACGAACAACUAGAACAGAGUUUGCACGAAUUUUUCAACGGUCCCAUCCACAAAGGGUUUGAAAUGAUAGAUCCUAUGCUGGCAUUCAACAUCCUGGAAAAAUGCUUUAUAAGAGGUCCCAGAGAUCCCAUUUCUGGAAUGCACCCGGUGUCACAUUUGAUACCGACAGCCAAGAAAAACUACUACGGUAUUGGUCUCGUCACCAUCAUACUCACAAUGGUCAAUCACAAUCAGCCCGUCCCACAGGCGCUUGACCAUUUCGACAAGUUUCUGCUUUCAUGUCUAACAGCUAAAGUUUACUUCAUCGAAAGAGUCCAGUAUCUUUUCUUGAAACGAAUAUACAUGUUGAUGAAGGGAUAUGUUUGUGGAGACCAUAGCGGCACUGCAACGAUCACACGCAUGCUAUCAAUGGCCGCUAUACAGAUUGGACUGCAUAAAAAUAUCAAAAAGCUAUUCCCGGAACAUUCAGCGUCCCAUGGAGCGGUCAAAUAUCUCGAAAAUCUAUGGCUAUGGAUAGUCCAUGCAGAUUUUGAGACCUCAGUGGGUAUCGGGACGCCUUCUCAAAUCCCAGAGUGUUUUAUGGAGUACGACUUGAUGGAAAGAGACGAUUUCGGCUCGUUCUCAUACCUGAGAAACAUAGUCAGAUCGCAAAGGUCCAUUUUGAGGGCUCUGCAUGAUAAAAACAGGCUGCCUGAUAUAAGGGCAAUUAUGGAUCUUACGAAAUCGCUUUUAGAAGCCAACUUCAAACCUGCGUCGUUUUACGCUGAGAAGGAGAAUCUCAAGACUGUUAGCUUUGCCGAGCUCAAUAUUUACGUCGAACUUCUUUCAAGCUUGAGUCUUUUUGCGAAUUUGCAGCGGAUUUACUUCAAAAUUUAUGAUCCGAUUUUUAUCAACAGCACCUUGCAGUUCUCGGCUCAGACUGUGAAGUUAUGUGGAGCCCUUGUGGAAGCAUUUUUUGAACUGGAUAAAGCAGAGGCGAGGCAGGGAAAUGUGCCGAUGGUCAAAGGUAUCCCUCUCAAUCUUUGCCUCGCAGUUUUAGUCUUGCACAAUUUCUACCCCAGGUGUAUCGCUGAUGUUUACGUUUUGUUGGCUUCUCUCCCUAAUGUUCACGCGAUGAGGGACCUUAGAUCGAAGUAUGGAGUUUCAGCAACGUUUGACCUACCAAUGGAUAGUUUGGAGACCGUCUCUGAUCAUUACGUUCCUCUUCUUACUGCCCACGAGUUUCUUUCCAGCUAUUUCAACCGCUGGGAUUCCCCAGAGAAUGCAGAACUGACAAACUGUCUGAGAAAGUACUGCUACGGUUUUGUUAUUAUGCGGGCAAUUGAAGGCAGCGGCCGUGACUUGUUCCAACACUACUCUAAUAUUAUGAGAAAUGGUAGAGCUAGCCUCACUGGGAUUGAGCAACCUGAGCAAGAGACACAGAUGUCCUUCGAGCUCCCUCAACCGAGCGCCGAGCUUUCGGAUGAGAUUCUCAAUGCCAUGGCUGACGAAUUCUGGGAUAAUUAUGAUUUGGACCUUAACAAAUGGCUGAACGCUGAUAUACUGGAGUUCAACUCAAGCUAG